UUACCACGUGAACACACAACAGCAGUGUCCAAUCAGCUGGUAAAUCAUAAAACCGCCCGCCCGCCUCUUUCUAUUUACUCUUCCGUUGAUUUAAAUUGGACUUUUAUGUGCGUUGUUUAUACGUUCGUGAAUACAUUUUACAAACGUGAGAUAGUUGAGCUUAAUGCCAUUAAAAACAAAGUGAUACUUCGAUAAAAAGUAUAAUAUGAUUUGAUUUUUCCGACCUUCGAAGUUAACCCAAAAGUAAUGUCGCCAUUUUGACCAUACAAAUCGAGUUUAGUAGGUAUUAUUAUUUUGUUUGGUCAUCAACAAAUGUUUAAAUGCUACAUUAGUGAAUUUCGUAAAUGGAUGUUUAUUUGCGAAGAAUACGGAGAAAAUGUCUCAGACGAAUAGUACUGUAAAUUUUCUUAUACAUGACGCUAAUGGGCAUCCUCAGAUGGUAAAAGUUGUUCAGAAUACAAAUAAUCAGUCAGUUGCUCAAAUCAAAAUUAAGCCUAAUCCUGUGAAAAUCAUAAAACUGCCAGCAUCAGCUGAAGGAAAUUUAAAGACAUCAGUAUACAGAGCAGUGAAACUAACUGGCAUUAAAUGUGCAUCAAAGUUCCUGCAUGUGGAUAAUAUAGCAAACUUGCAAAAAAUUAAAGUCGAGCCAAAGGAAGUUGAAGAAAUUCAGAUAAAACAGGAACCACUUACGGAACUGAAAUAUCUUCAUACUGUGCCGGAACGCAGCUCAACACCGUCAAAAUCUGAGGGCCAGGUAACAAGCACUAGCACUGCUAACAGCUUGUCUCCUACUAUGUCUCAUGCCUCGAGAAGGAGACACGAUUCUGACAAUGAUCCCCCGGCAGAAUAUACCACUAAGCGUCGUAAACAUGCAGACAAGGUUGGCAAAGGUUUGAGGCAUUUCUCAAUGAAAGUUUGUGAAAAAGUCCGAAACAAAGGCUUCACCUCAUACAACGAAGUUGCUGAUGAAUUAGUUCUAGAAUUUGCAGCAGGCAUGCAUGGUUCAGCAGAUAGCCAACAAUAUGAUCAGAAGAAUAUCCGCAGAAGAGUAUAUGAUGCAUUAAAUGUAUUAAUGGCAAUGAACAUAAUAUCUAAAGAAAAGAAGGAAAUACGAUGGCUUGGACUCCCGACAAAUAGUGUGCAAGAAUGUACUGCAUUAGAAAAGGAAAAGCAAGCUAAGUUAGAGCAGAUUCAAAAGAAAACACAACAGUUACAGGAGCUCAUAUUACAGCACAUUUCAUUUAAGAGUUUAAUAGAAAGAAAUAAAGAAGCAGAGAGCAAAGGAGUCAAACCAUCUCCAUCUUCAGCUAUCCAUUUGCCAUUCAUUGUUGUGAAUACUAGUGAUAAAGCUUUAAUUGACUGCAGUAUUUCUAAUGAUAAGACAGAAUAUAUGUUCAAUUUCAACAAAAGGUUCCAAAUACACGAUGAUAUCGACAUUCUAAAAAGAAUGGGACUCCUAUUUGGGUUAGAUAAGGGAGAAUGUUCAGAAGAAGAUAUUGAGAGAGCAAAAAGUAUGGUCCCCAAAUCCUUAAAGACAUAUGUAGAACAAAUGGGCAGAGGAGUGAUAACGAAACUUUCAACAAUGCUCGAAGAAGAGGAGCUGGAAGAUGAGGCGGGUGAUGAGGAGGACGCGAUAGAAGCGGAGGCCGAGGCCGAGGAGGAGCACGAGGAGCCCGACGCCAACGAUUACAGCGACGACAGCAGCGACGUCGACGUGUAGUCCGCACCACCCCGCGUACAUCACUACGUUCAUAUAAACUAGGUGUUACUGUUGCAUGUUGGCUAACUUUAUGUAAUAUGCCACAUAAGUUCAAACAUUAUAUUAGCUUAAAACAUAUUUUGACACAAUGUAAUAAUUUAAUAUUAUAAAACAAUUCCAAUUAUACAAAUAUGAUUUUAAUGUUUGUAAUAUAAUACAAUUAUUAAACAUUUUGAUCGUCACUAAUCAUAAACAUCUUUUUCUUGCAUAUUAGGUUACAUUCAGCUCUCGAUUAAGGUUCGAUAAUAUAAAUAGUGACCAUCUAAAAACUGGCGCAUGUAAAAAUGCUUAACUUAUUUUUCUUAGUGUGUGGAUGUUAUAAAAUAAAUUUAGCUUGAAAUGUUUGCGAACGUUUAUGUUCAUACUUAAUAUAAUAAUGUUUAUUUAUAAUUCGAAACAAAUAAUUGAAGGAGGGGCAAUGUAUAGAGAAAAAUAAUAAUAUCUAAUGAAAUGAUGCGCACAUGACAUGGAGGAGUUUUUACCCCAUUUCCAGAAAGAGGGUAAUGUUUUUUUUGAGUUGUAAUCCAUACAUAAAUACUUUAUCAUUGUUAUUACACAUAUUCAUGAUAUUUUAAAUAUACCGAAAUCGUCCGAUGCAUUAUAAAAUAAUGAUGAAAACCUUGAUAACUUCAUGCUUAGAUAGAGCAAAAUAUACUAUUAAAUUCACACAUUGGACGAUUCCAGUUGUAUGAUCCAGAAGAUUGCUACUACACAACUAUGUCUGAGUAGGCAUUCUAUGGCUUUCUACACCAACAAGUUGCUAAUUUGUUCAAAGGAAAAUGUUUCUAAUUUUGAUUGUUGAAGAUUAUUUUGUAUGGAAUUGUUUUAAUGAUAAGUGAAAUAAAGGUCAAUAAAAUAUUA